GUAGUAUUUCCGAAAUUUCUGAAGGUACAUUACUAGGUACUAAUCAUUCAUUUGUUAGUAUAGAUAAUAUUGAUCAGGAGCGUGGUAAAAUUGCAAAAGAGAUGUACAAAAUUUCUGCUCCUUCUAAGAUGGCAAAACUCUCAGAAUUUCCAUCCUUGCAAAAUAGAAUUAAAAUUCAUUGCGAUAGGCCUAAUAAGAAAUUCCUUGCCAAUCCUGUUGUCCUCUACAACUCUAUCUUUGAUCAGUUUCUCAUUGAAUGCACAAAUAUCAGUGUGACAGAUAAGUUUUAUGCUAAGAAUGAAGCUGGUGUAGGAGGUUGUGAUCCAUUGAUUCAGGGAAGUUUAACAUAUGGACGAUGGUGUGCCACUCAACAAGUGAAUGGUUUAUGGCUAUGCAGCUGUUUCCCAGCAUUUAUUGUUACAUUAAUCGGGCCAUCCUUAUCUAUUUAUGGGGCCAUAUAUCUUGAUCAUGUUCACAUCAAUCAUUUAGUUGAUACUUCGCUUACAUUAUCUCUGGAUAAUUGCAAAAUUGUCAGAACAGCACAAAUUGUCAAGGCCUUGGAAAUUGCAUGUGUCCGCCUACAAAAAUAUUGGAGUGAAUUGAAUGACAACUCUCUGAUGCAAAAUAAACAAUAUCUCUUCCCAUUUCCACAGUCUGGUGGUGGAUUUGAGUUUAUCUAUACUGGACAGGUACAGAAACUAAUGUCAUUAGUUUUUACUGCUCAAUUGGUAACUACAAAAGAGAAGAUUGUGGUCAAAUUUGUUAAACAAUAUAAUAAAGAAGCUCAUAUGUUGUGUGCAGCUAAUAAUUUAGCACCUAUGUUGUUCCAUUAUGAACCUCAUGUUGUUCAAGAAUGGGGAAUGGUUAUUAUGAAAUACCUUGGUACUGUUGACACAUUGUAUGAUAUGAUACAAAAACCUUUGGAGCUGAAUACUGAUGAAAGGAUUCUUAUAUAUCAAAAUAUUACUAAUGCAGUUUGUAUACUUCAUGAUAACAAUUAUGUAUUUGGUGACCUUAGGGAAAAUAAUAUUAUGAUAACACAUUCACCAAAUAUGGAACAAUAUCAAGCAUGGCUGAUUGAUUUUGAUUGGGUUGGCAAAGCAGAGACUGAUAAAUAUCCUACUCUGAAUCCCAACAUUGAUUGGCCUGAAGGUGUUGAAGGUGGAAUGGUGAUGAAAAAAAAACAUGAUCUUGUAUGGCUAGAGCGAUUGCGCAGAAAAUUAGAAGUGCCAAUUGAAUCUUUUACAGAAAUAGAAAGGUCAUAA